AUGGAAGACCACGGGGCUGAAGACCAGGUGUCAGCCAGGACAGAGGAGAAAGAGGAGGCCAGGCGGGAAAUUGUGGCGACGGAGGUGGAGGUGAGCUGCCACCCAAUACACGGGGACGGCGACGGGCCGGAGCUCACCGGCUUCUUCUCCUCCGGUCACUCGUGCGACUACAUCGACGCCUCGGCCUCGCACGGCGCACGGUUGUUUGUGUUUGGUGGCCACGUGGGCCGCUAUGCCGGGAGGGACGACGGCGCGGUGCGGACCAACCAGCUGCUGGUCCUCCACAACGCACACACGCUCGGGGCCGACGAGGCCAGCGGCGACGGCACCUCGCCCACCUGGGAAAAGGUGUCGUUGGGUAAGGUGAAGGGCAGAGCGGGUCACGCGAGCUUCGUGCGGAACGGCAAGCUGUACAUUCACGGGGGCUACGACACCGGCCACCGCGUGCUCUCCGACCUGAUCGAGAUCGACCCCUCUUCGAGCAGUUACGAGUAUCGGUCGGUGCCCUACGAGUCGGUCGUGCAGAACGUGGAGCGGCGAUGGCACUGCUCGUAUCAUAUCAACAACAAACUCAUCCUGCACGGCGGAUGGAACUCUUUCGGCGCCCUUAACAGCCUCGUCUCCCUCGACCUUGACACCAUGAAAUGGGACACGCUGGCGUGGGAGAACGGACCUUCGCCACGACGAUGGCACACGCUCUCCCCGAUACCCGGGCACCCGGAGCGACUGUUCUCCUACGGCGGCUACGACGCACCCAAGCACCCGCUCAACGACUCCUUCAUUCUCGAUCUCGGCGCCCAGCAGUGGGUGGAGCCAGUUAUGAGGGGUGACAUUCCCGGACCCCUGUGCCGACACACGCUCACCACCCUGCCCGGGCAGAGCCUCAAGCAGAUGAUACUCAUCGGCGGAUCCAAGAACGAUGGCGGCACCAACAAGGAGAUCCGAAUUCUUCACACAGACGACAUGAGGUGGGAGCUGGUCAAGGACGCGGGUCACCUGUUCCCGGUCAUUCGAAGAGGCCACCUGGCCACCCCCGUCGCCGAUCGGGGCAUCAUCAUCAGCGGCGGGUUUGCAGCCGAGUACAUCACACCCUUCUACUGGCUCGACGCCCGCAUGCUACGAUGA